UUUGAUUCAGAUAAUUUUAAAACUGGCGCCAUUGCUACCCAUAUUUUCUUUUUCUAGUGCUACCAACUUCAGAAUCAAACCUAUUAUUUGUGUACAAAAGUAAUAAACAUUGCUGAAUAAAAAGCACGUAGUAAAUUUCAUUUUUGAAAAAAGUAAUCAUCUUGCAACAUUAACUUGCUAAUGUUUUAUGUACAUAAUUAAUUGUUUAUACAUGUUAUCUAUGUCUGAUAUCUUAUCAACGUUUGGCUGUCUUUAUAUAACAUAUGAUAAUAGAUUUAAAACAGAAUUUGUGGAUAAGUUUGUAAUAAUGGCAACAAGUCAGGCCAAAAAAAUUGUCAAUUUGUACAAAACAUUAGUACGAAAUCCUUCUUUAACUGAUGCAAAGAUUUUUGAGCUAAGUGAAAAUGAAAUAUCGAUUUUAAGCUCAUGGUCCCAAAGAAAUUUAGAGAGAAAGACAAAUCAAAAAUUUGGCCAAACUCACAUUUUAAAUUCAAAGUUACAAAUACAAUCUCAAAGCUUCCCCUUUGAUACUACAACAGAACUUCUAUCUGAUUUUACUGAGGAUAAACAAUAUAAAGCGAUAUUAAGGCAGGCUACAAUUGAGAAUACUACAAAACAGUUUAUUGAAAUCUGGGAUAAACAGAGGCUUGUGAAAAAUUAUGAUUUAACUGCUUUGGAUGUACAUGGAGAUGUAUACACAGAUUCUGAAUUUUCUUCUUUUCAAUGGUCUCCAGACAAAAAGAAAGUAUUAUAUAUUGCUGAAAAAAAGCAACCAGAAUCUGAACCCUUUUAUAAGCAGAAACGUAUGGAUAAAAAUAAAAAAGAUGAGCAUGAAGUAACAGUGGGUAAUGAAUAUAUUUACAAGCCUCAUUGGGGAGAACAAUUGGUAGGUAAACACCAUCCAGUUGUUGCUGUCCUUGAUACGACAACAGACACAAUUUCAGCUCUCUCAGGUAUACCAAAUGAUCUCUCACCUGCUCAAGUACUAUGGACUGCAGAUAGUCAAGGUGUUGUUGGUGUAGCAUGGAAACAUGAGCCAAGACAUUUAGGUCUUAUUGCUUGUACUAAUAGACUCUCUUGGAUAUUUUUAUUAAAAGAUGGAGAGUACAAAAAGCUCUCAAGCGAUGGGUGUGCUGUCCAUAGCCCAAGAUUUAGUCCUGAUAAAAAAUAUCUUAUCUGGUUAGAAAGAGAAGCAGGUGGUCCACAUCAUAAUGCUCACAGACUUAUGCAUCUUGAAUUUGCUUCUGAAAAUUCAAAGGCUGAUAUACUUGUAGACAUUGUAAAUUCGAGCAUACCUAUUCAAAAUGCUGAAAAGUUUUAUGGCUUGUAUGGUCGUUUACCACGCCAAUGCUGGAGCACUGAUUCACAGUAUAUAUUUUUGAGUACAGCACAACAGAAUAAUACACGUUCUUACAUCAUUAAUAGAAAAACAAAAGCUAUAACUGAGAUCCAAAAUGAUAAAAGCAGCCUUGCUAUUUUGGACGUAAAAGAUGAUAUUAUUGCAUUUUCGGAAACAUCUCUUUUAGAGCCAUCUAUGCUUACGGUAGGAAGAUUUGACUCAAAAACAAUUAGUAAUGGUCGCAUUAAAAGAAAUAAAAUUUCUAUUCCCGACAAAAUUCCUGGCACUGAAAAUUUAAUGUAUGAGCCUUCUGAAUAUGAUUACAAUAACGAUGAAGAAAUAAAACACUUUAACUUCAUUUAUUUUGGACCAAAAAGAGGAAAUGACAAAUCUGUACCUUUAAUAAUCAUACCACAUGGUGGACCUCAUUCUAACUAUGCAAAUUCGUUUAUACUUGAUUAUUUCUUGCUUGUUUUAUCAGGUUUCGCUGUGGUACAAGUUAACUAUCGUGGCUCUACCGGAAUGGGAUCAAAGAAUGUUGAAUAUCUUCAAGGAAAAGUUGGAGAUGUCGAUGUAAAGGACUGUGUGACUGCUACAGAAGAAGCUUUACGAAAAUACUCAUGGUUAAAUCCAAACAAAUUAGGAAUUAUUGGUGGUUCACAUGGAGGAUUUUUAGUUACUCAUUUAAGUGGUCAAUACCCAGACUUAUAUAAAGCUGUUGUUGCAAGAAAUCCUGUAAUCGACAUUGCUGCUAUGUUCACUAUAUCAGAUAUUCCAGACUGUCGCAAUGCGCUGAGUAAAGAAGAAAGAAUUAUGUGUACUGCCGAAAUCAAUUAUGCCUUUGAUGAAAGUGCACCAAUGUCGGAAUCGGAUCGAAUUGAGAUGUUUGUGAAGAUGUUUAAGUGUUCCCCGAUUAUUCACGUUAAUAAUGUGAAAGCUCCAACCUUGUUAUGUAUAGGCUCGAGCGAUUUACGAGUACCCCCGUCUCAAGGAAAACUGUGGUUUCAACGUCUUAAAGCGAAUGAUGUUAGAACAAAGAUGCUAGUUUAUAACGAUAAUCAUCCUUUAUCAUCAGGAGCUGCAGAAAUUGAUAACGCUAUCAACGCUUGUUUGUGGUUACAGGAAUAUGUUGGGGUAUAAAUGGGAAUAACAUAAUGAAUAAUUUUGUAACUGAAUACGUGUUAAUUAACCAAUGAACACUUUAAUAAUAAUUGAAAGACAAUCUUGUAUAAAUAUUAUAUUUAUUAAAUACUGUAUUUUUCCAACAUUAAAAGCGACUUAUAAACUAUGAA